CUCUGUCAGGCCGGGGACUUCUUACAAACUGGCACUGAGGCCCAGCUGGGCUUUUUCGCACAGCCGUCGGGGCAGCGGUCCGACAUGAGUCAAGUUCUGUUCCAGGACCUUGUCCCCUUGCAAGUGAAAUGCAAAGACUGUGAGGAGAGGAGAGGAAGUGUCAGAGUGAGCAUUGAACUACAGUCACUUUCUAAUCCAGUACACAGAAAGGAUUUAGUCAUCCGUCUGACUGAUGACACAGAUCCAUUUUUUCUGUAUAACCUUGUUAUAUCUGAGGAAGAUUUUCAAAGUUUAAAAUUGCAGCAAGGUCUCCUGGUGGACUUCUUAGCUUUUCCACAGAAGUUUAUAGACCUCCUUCAGCAGUGUACCCUGGAACAUGUGAAAGAGACUCCAAGGUUUCUGCUGCAGCUCAUUUCUUCAGCGACUCUUUUGGAUAACUUGCCAGUAUUUUUAAAUGUCGUGGAGACAAAUCCUUUCAAGCAUCUUAUUCACCUGUCAUUAAAGCUUUUACCUGGAAAUGAUGUAGAGAUAAAGAAAUUUCUAGCAGGCUGUCUGAAAUGCAGCAAGGAAGAAAAAUUAUCAUUGACUAAAUCACUAGACGAUGUUACCAGGCAACUGCACGUUACACAAGAGACGUUAUCAGAGAAAACACAAGAAUUAGAUAAACUGCGGAGUGAAUGGGCCUCUCACACAGCAUCAUUGACAAAUAAGCAUUCUCAGGAGUUAACAAAUGAGAAGGAAAAAGCCUUGCAGGCACAGGUUCAGUACCAGCAGCAGCAUGAGCAACAGAAAAAGGAGCUGGAAGCCCUCCAUCAACGAAAUAUCCACCAACUUCAAAACAGAUUGUCUGAAUUAGAGGCAGCUAAUAAAGACCUCACUGAAAAGAAGUAUAAAGGAGACGCCACUGUCAGAGAACUGAAAGCGAAACUUGCUGGUCUGGAAGAGGAGCUGCAACGGGCUAAGCAAGAGGUCCUUUCUCUGAGAAGAGAGAAUUGUACUCUGGAUGCUGAAUGCCAUGAGAAAGAAAAGCAUGUUAACCAGCUACAAACAAAAGUGGCAGUUUUAGAACAGGAAAUCAAGGAUAAAGACCAGCUUGUUCUGAGAACAAAAGAAGCAUUCGAUACAAUCCAAGAACAAAAGGUGGCUUUAGAAGAAAAUGGUGAGAAAAAUCAGGUCCAACUGGGAAAACUUGAAGCUACAAUAAAAUCAUUAUCAGCAGAACUUCUGAAGGCAAAUGAAAUUAUCAAGAAGCUACAAGGGGAUCUUAAAACUCUCAUGGGUAAAUUGAAACUGAAGAAUACAGUUACUAUUCAGCAAGAAAAACUAUUGGCUGAGAAGGAAGAGAUGCUACAGAAGGAGCAAAGGGAGUUGCAGGAUGCCAGGCAGUCUCUUCGAGCCAAAGAGCAAGAGGUAUGCAAAUUGCAAGAGCAAUUAGAAACUACAGUUCAGAAACUUGAAGAAAGUAAACAACUUUUAAAAAAUAAUGAAAAAUUAAUCACAUGGCUAAACAAAGAACUAAAUGAAAACCAGCUGGUAAGAAAACAAGACACACUGGGACCCUCUACCACUCCACCUGCACGUUGUAGCAGCACCACCAUCAGAAGUGGGGUUUCUCCCAGCCUGAAUGUGGUUGAUAAUAGACUAAAUUACCCAAGCUGUGGAAUUGGCUAUCCUGUCUCUUCUGCGUUUGCAUUCCAGAAUGCUUUCCCUCCUGUAGUAUCUGCCAAAAACACCAGCCAUCCGAUCUCAGGACCAAAGGUUCAGUUUAACUUGCAGCUUACAAAACCAAGCACAUCGCUAGAUGCUCAGCCAGGAACAGCUGUUAGCAGGCCUUGUUCAACUGAGAAAGAAAAUAGUGAAAAUUUAGGACUGGAAUCCAAAUACUUGAAGAAAAGAGAAGCUAGCAUUCCUUUACGUGGACUCAGCCAGAAUCUGUUUAGUACUUCAGACCAUCAGAAAGAUGGCAUAAUGGGAGCAUUACAGACAUCUUCCAAACCCACAGUCCUCCCCUCUUCAUCUUCAGCAUAUUUCCCUGGACAAUUACCAAAUAGUUAAUCCAAACACCUUUCAUUUCUUACUGACAGUUCAGACAACAAAACCAAUUUUUCUUGUUCCUGUUAGAUCACCUGAAUCCUUUGUAAUACUGUUACCAUUUACAAACUUAGGAGAUUGUCAAAGAUUCUGAGUAAAUGGUAUUUUUUAUUCUGUAAACAGAAUGUUUCUAAAAAAUAUCACUGAAUUUUAUCAGAUUCUUACCACUUGGUCUGAAUAAGAAACAGCCUAAAGAAAAAUGUGCCCUACAAGGGAAUAGUAACUAGAAAGCUUGUGAUUCAUGCUAUCACGUUUAUUAGUAUAGCAAUUAUUAAUUUGCCACCUGAGAAUUGGGAGAAAUAGCUUCCAUCUGUGAUUAUUGAU